GUGCGUGUAAAACGUUUUAUUUGCGGUUAAUAUUUAAAAUAUGACUGCAGCAACGGUAUAUGAUUCCAUUAAAAUUGCAGAUACAGUGAUAUUAUUUUUGGUUCAGGAAUCACGUGAUGUAUAAAGUAAAGAAAUGCGGGUUAAAGUUAAAGCCACCAUCGCUAAUUGUGGAGUAUGAAGAUCUCUCCUCACACAAGCAGAGAUGUAGAACCAUGCCAAUACGAAAUUUCAAAAAAACGUCAAAUAUAUCCCGUGCUGCAGAGGAGCUCAAGAAGAAUCCUCGGCACCAAAUGCUGCUGAAAGAUGUCUCACAAUUGCAAGUGGAGAAGAUGCUUCUUAUAAUCCAAGAAACAUUGAAAGGUGCUUCACUUGAUGAUGCUAUCAGUAAUGCUCAAUCGGCGCUGACUGUUGAUCCUAAUUUGGAUUUAAAUAAGCUUGAUGAGUCAAAGGUUGAACAAGCCAAGCGAAUUAUGGAUGAAGGCUUCGAACAAAACCAACUGAAACCUGGAGAUGAAGAUUUCCAAUAUGAUGUUGAGGUUGAUUUUGACAAUGUUGGUCCAGUUGAAAGUAGUGGUUGGGAUGAUGACAAUUCCGAAGAUAAUGAAUUCUAAUGGAUUUUAUUUUCUGCUGUUCCUUCUUAUAAAAUUGUGGGUUUUUCUUUUUUAGAAGAUGUAUUUUUAUAUUUUUUUUUAUAUUUCUGUGAGAAAUAUUUCUACCAAUUGCAGUGUAUAUGUAGAUAUUGCAUAAUCUGCGUGUUAGAACCCUAAUGUGUUGCAAAUGAAUAAAUGGUUAUUCAAUAAAACAAUUGAUGUUGUCCU